CUCAAGCCCGAUGGUCUUCGCAGUUUGCAGUAUUCCAACAAUAUCGACCCAGACAGGGCAAUGUGCCAGUACGAAGUCUGCGGCGGUGUUUGCAACGACAGGGAGUGCGAAUGGCAGCACUUCCGUGAAAUUGGCAUGAAAGACGAACAAAUACUGGUUGAGUUGGCGGCAAACGAAGGUACUACUGAAGAGGAGAAGGAGCGGUUCAGUGCAGGACUUCGCGACACCAUUCUGCAGCUUAAGCAGCAGGGCAUCAAGGACUUCACCACGGUUGCCCAGGGAAUCGCCACCUUCCGUAGGAAGUUCUUUGGCGAUGAGACCAGGGUUAUCAAGCUGAAUCCUACAGCCCCGCUCCCAGCCUUCCCUCGCUCAACAUUCUAA